AUGGUGCCUGACCGGUCACAAGCUCCCCACGAAGUCCUCCCCAUCCUGGCAGACCUCCACGCCUUCCAAGGUGGUCACUCCCAUAGUGGGCAUAGGGGGCAGAGGAUGUGGUGCAGACGGAGGGGUGCAGCUCCUACAGCACUCUCCCUCCGCCGGCCCCUCAGGAGAGCAGCUGGUCUCCAGGGCGACGCCUGGAUGGGCUGUGAUGGGGUCCACGUGGGAGGGGUUCUGACGGUGGAGACUCUGUGGUCAGUAAGAGGAUUCGUUGGGAUCCGAUUUUGUCAAGAAUGCAACAACAUGUUGUAUCCCAAAGAAGACAAGGAGAAUCGCAUCCUGCUCUAUGCAUGCAGGAACUGUGACUAUCAACAAGAAGUAGACAACAUCUGCAUAUAUGUCAAUAACAUCUCACACUCUCUGUCUCUUCUCUCUCAGAUCAUUGCAGAUGUGUCCCAGGAUCCAACGCUACCUCAGACAGAGGAUCACCCCUGCCCCAAGUGCGGCCACAAGGUGGCAGUGUUUUUCCAGUCACACAGUAUGAAGGCUGAGGAUGCCAUGAGGCUGUACUAUGUCUGCGCAGCCCCUCACUGUGGACACCGCUGGACAGAGUGA